AUGUUUAACUAUUCGACUAGUUUACCGCAACCAUUGGGAUAUCCCACAUCCGGCGACAUCCAACAACUCUUAUCCUUACCAUUAAAUUCCCUUCUUCCCCUCUUCGCGGCGGUCUUUAAUGAACGGAAGAUCAUAGUUCAAUCAUCAUCGCCGGAGAAGACUUCCCUAUUCAUCGCGUGCUUACUCGAAGCGUUUGCGCCGUAUGAAUGGCAACAUCUCCUCAUCCCAUUUCUUCCCGUUAAGUUAACGGAGCUGACGCAGACUCCGACGCCGUUCAUUAUUGGUGUUGAUCCAUCGGUGAUGCAAUUGAUCGACAUGUACGACGUCUUUGUCUUUGUCGAUAUCGACAACGGGACUGUCAAAUCAAACGACGCGACAAUCAUCAAUUCCGACCUUCAAAUCUUUCCAAAGAAAUGGAUCACUUCAUUGUCAACGGUUUUAACGCCUUUAUAUUCUACCGUUCCAUCAAUUUCCUCACAAAUCAAAUCUCAGAUCUUAAAGUCAGCAUUCUUAGACUUCAUGACUUACUUCACUCAAGAUAUCGAAGACAGAGUUAAACUUAUCGUCCAAGACGGCGGAGAUUUCAACUUAAAAGAAUUCACUAAAGACUUCUUCAUCUUUGGAGAAGGACGAAAAUUCAUCGAAGUCUUCAGCCGCACCGCUACGUUCGAUCAAUUCGUCCAAAAGAUCGAACGAAAAUUAAGGACCCGCGGAAUAGCAAAAGUAAAGCGAAAGCCGUCCUUAAUGACGUGGCUCAAUAUCUCGAAGGAGACAAAUUUGGUCGACAUCUCCACGGCGACCGUCGUCACCCCACAACAAGCAAAUCCGCCGGUCUUUACCUUCCUAUAA